AUGACCGGUCACAAACCCAUGCGGCUUCCGCCCCUGCCACGCUUGCGUGUGCACAACCCGAAGCGACAAGUCGAGAACCCCUGUUUGACGAUCAUGUCCAGCAUGCUCUCAUGCUGGGCCUCGGCCGGUUACAAUGCCACGGGCUGCCUCGCGAUCGAGAACCAGCUACGGGCCUGCAUGGACGGACCCAAAGCGCCGCGCACCUCGUCGAAUUCGAUCAACUACCACCUGGGCCGUAUGAAGAACAGUGUCACACAAGGCUCCAAGUCGAAAGCUGGGCGAGGCGGUGGUUCAGUUUCGUAA